CUCAACCUCCUCUUGUCUAUUUCGCGUUUCAGCAUUCUUCGCUCUCACUCCAAGCCAAGUGACCAUCUCCUCGCCAUGGCACCCAGAGCUCCAGUCCGGCCCGAGCCCAUCCCAACCUACCGCAUCGACCUCUCCCUCCCUCCAGAACAACGCUACCUCCAAGUCGCAAUCGAUUUCGGUCCCAAAAAUGCGAGAAAUAACACCUCUCUUCGACGAAGUCCUCUCAACCAUGAUCCCCUGGCCGCAACUCCGCCGCUGGAUCGAGUUUCUCGCCUCCAUCCUCUUGAGACGUGUCUAUUCUCCCGAAGAAACGAAAGAGUUGAAAGGUAUUGCCAAAGCAAGCGGAGUUGCGUUGUAUAUUAUUAUUGCGUUGAAUGUUUUGCUGGAUAGUUUAUUGGGGUGUACGAGUGGUGCGGUCAUCGCUUCUCUUGAUAAGAGGGGAGGGAGGAGAGCUCCGGGGCGGGAAGAAGAGAGAAUGCUGCAUUUCCGGACGUUGGACUGGGGGAUGGAUCCUUUGAGGAAUGUGCUGGUUCAACUCGAGUUCAUACGGUCGGAGAGCGACGAACCUGAGAAAGUGAUUGCGAGGACAAUUACUUAUGCCGGCUUUGUGGGCGUUCUGACGGGCGUGAGAGAAGGGCUGUCGAUAUCCUUGAACUUCCGCCCAAACCAUCGCUGCUCGAAUUUCAAGCUAAGGCUGCAUCAACUACUCGUUAUCUUCGGCUUCCGUCCGGCAAUCGCGUCUCACCUCCGGAAUACUAUUUUUCCCGACCCAGCUGGACCACCGCCCCUGCCAACCAUGGGCUUGACGGUCGCCAUAGCACAGUCGAAGACGGCGCCUUGCUAUCUCGUCUUAUGUGACGGGGAGGCGACUACCGUUAUAGAGAAAGACCUCAUCGGAGCCAAGAUCCGCAACUCGAAGGAAUUCAUCGUGCACACGAACCACGAUACCCGAUCCGACGACCCUGCCGAACAUGCCCAGAACAAGAAGAGUAUAGUUUUAGGUAUAGAAGCUCUGGUUGAAGAGAGCGAGGAGAGGAGAGCUUGUGUGCAGAAGAAAUGGGAUGGUGUGAGAAGGAGAUAUGAGAAGAGACUGAAUGAAGCGUUGGAGAGAGAGGAGGCUUUCGAAUUGAAGCCGCCGAUGGUGAGGGAGGAUAGGUUGAGGGAAUGGGUCCGAGCGUAUCCGGUUAUGAACGAGUGUACGCAUUUUGGGUGUAUUAUGGAUGCGAAGACUGGGACGGUUAGGUUCCUGGAACGGGGAUCUGGGGAUGCGAGAUAAACUAGAUUGGAGAUAUCACAUGGCUUGGGUAUCUCAUAUUUUCCACCUUUGUGUUGAAGAACGUUGAACUACUUGCAUUUAGAGCAUCAAAAGUUUCGGGGUUUUAAUGAACAUCUUC